AUGUCUCCAAAGUCAACAGCUUUCAUUCAUGUUGUUAAAAGAUUGAGUUCAUACUGGAGUAAUGUUAAACUGGGACCGCCGGAUGCCAUCUUAGGCAUAACAGAAGCGUAUAAUCGUGAUACAAAUCCGAAAAAAAUCAAUUUAGGCGCUGGUGCUUAUCGAGAUGAUAAUGGCAAGCCAUUUGUCUUGCCAUCUGUUAAAGAGGCGGAAAGAAUCCUUCUGGCAAAAGAUUUAAACAAAGAAUAUGCACCAAUCAGUGGGAUAGCUCAGUUCUGUGACUUGUCUAUUAAACUUGCUUUGACUGAACAGUCACCAAGAAUUACAGAGAAAUGUACUGCCACUGUACAGACAAUAUCUGGAACUGGUGCCCUAAGAAUUGGUGGAACUUUUGUGAAUGAGUUUGCUGAACAAAAGCAUAUGUGGAUGCCAACGCCUACAUGGGGUAAUCAUAAACCAAUUUUCAUGCAAAGUGGAUUAAACGUUCAUCAGUAUCGUUAUUAUGAUAGUAAAACGUGUGGUUUUGAUGUAGAUGGUUGUUUAUCUGAUUUAUCAAAAAUUCCUAAAGGACAUUUUGUUCUACUUCAUGCAUGUGCACAUAAUCCAACUGGAGUGGAUCCCUCUUUUAAUCAAUGGCAAAAAAUUGGGGAUAUCUUAAAAUCACGGGAUUUAAUACCAUUUUUCGACUGUGCUUAUCAAGGAUUCGCUUCUGGGGAUAUUGAUAAUGAUGCUAAAGCGAUUCGUUAUUUUGCUAAUGAAUUAAAAUUUCCAACUAUGUUGCUUACACAAAGUUUUGCUAAAAAUAUGGGCCUCUACGGUGAACGUGUUGGUGCUUUUACACUGGUGUGUUCAUCUGCUGAAGAAGCUGAAAGGUGUUUAUCACAGAUUAAGAUAAUUAUUCGACCAAUGUAUAGUAAUCCACCAAUACACGGAGCUCGUAUCGCUGCUGAACUAAUGUCUAAUCAAGAAUUACGUCGAAAAUGGCUUGCAGAUGUCAAAACAAUGGCUGAUCGUAUUAUAACUAUGCGGAAAAGUUUAAAAGAUAAUCUAAGCAAAUUAGGAUCAAAUCGUGAUUGGUCGCAUAUUACUAAUCAAAUUGGAAUGUUUUGUUAUUCUGGUUUAAAUCCCGAACAGGUUGACAAGCUGACUAACGAGUAUUCAAUUUAUCUAACUAAAGAUGGACGUAUCAGUAUUGCUGGAUUGUCAUCGAAAAAUGUUGAAUAUUUAGCGCAUGCUAUGCAUCAGGUCACUAAGUGA